UGUAGUUGUGUUUGUUAGCAGGAACCUCCCUCAUCAUGCCCAUAUGUGGAGGCCUGUAGAGUUUAUGCCUGUCCCAAACGCUUUAAAAACAAGGCGAAAGCAGCAACGUUAAGGUUGCCCAUUUCCUACCUCUUGUGCCAUGGGUUCUUCAGUUGGAUUGGGGUGGCUUACUCUCCUAUUAGCUGUUGUAAAUAUAAGCGCUCAAAAGAAAUCCUUGAUAAAUAUCAACUCAAAAUGCUUGGGGAACGUCAUGCGUUUGGAUGUUGGUCCACUUGGAGGAAAUCUUCUUGAAGUGUCUGGUGUUGUUAAUAACUCUACAAUUGUCCUUACACCAAGAUUAGCUUCCAUGUGUGGCUUCAGCAUGAAGAUAGACCCUUUGGGAAAUGCUAUGAUUUUUGCCUCUCUUCAAAACUGUUUUGCUCAGAAUGUGGACGAUAAGGCAUUUACAACAAACUUAAAGCUUCGUCUGCACGGGAAUUGGAUGACUGAAGAUGAGGUGUACCAGGUGGCUGAGACCUGCCAAUACACUGCCUGGGCCUCCAGAGAAAUUGUCUGUGUCCAAAACUAUAUGGAGGUGUCUGUGAAGAGGGCGGCUCCAGAUGAUUAUGCCCUACCUCUACAUCACGUCUCAGGGGCCAAGUCAAUGUUUCGUGAUGUUCGACAAGCUAUGAAACAACCCGCCAAUGCAGAAUUCAGACUCACAACACUCUCAUUCUUCACUCCCGAGGAGAGGAUCAUGAAAGUCCCUGAAGCCCAGCGCAGAGGUUAUGGGAUUGCAAAAACCCCUACAAGGCUGGUUCUGCGUAUCCCAAAGACUUCACCUGAAAUAUACACUCAGACUGUUGCCGGUGUGCCAAUGAUGGUGCUUAAAACGUCAAUGAAAUUUGAAAAGAGGUGGCUGGUGACUCAAAUCAACGCAGAUGCGGCUUGCCCAACAUUGGAGGGUAGCGUUUCCUUCACCCCAAACACAAUCAACUGGAUCCUGCCAAGGAACAUUGACCCGCUGAUGUCCUCUGGUCAGUUUAAACUGUUGGAGGUGCACAUGGGUGUUGAUGGCCAGAGGCUCACCACUGCUGAGAUGGCUGCCAGACAAUAUGUGCUGUCUGUCACUGAUGUACACAUUGUCAUUACAAUUCCUGUUGGGGCUGUUGGUGGCCACUUUAAGAGUCAUGUUCAGGAUGGUCAGUACCUUACUACUUAUACCAUUGCCCCAAUGCUUGAGUUGCUCUGGACUGAAGACACUGCUCACGAGGACACAAGAUACAAAGUCAUCCUUCCCAUCACGACACCUCUUCUGUCUCGACCUCUGCAAGUCAUUGACAACACAGUUACCAAGGAGCAGAUAUUUAAGGUGCUGAUUGGGCCUUUCAGCCCUGAUGUAGCACUGGUAAACAUCACCUUCCCCUAUGAGGUUUUGUCAGUGGCAGACGGCAACCUUCGAGGCUUUAACAUCCUGCAGCACGAGUCCCACAGCAGCUCAAAGGUCUUUACACUUGAAGUGCCCUUCACGGACCCUAGUGUACUACAAAUGACAGAAAAAGGCACUACAGUCUACUCUCUUUACCUGACCUUUGGCUUGCUGGUUCUGCCGGAGUUUGCUCCAUUUUCUGUCUCUGCUCAUCUGGAAGCUAAAAUAGUAAACCUAGUUCAUCCCUCAGUCUCUGGUGGCUGUGAUGGUCAAAACUUUUAUGUCCUUGUGAAACAUGGGACCAGCUCCUUGAACUUUCAGAUCAUAGUAGGAAGACAAGUGUUGACCCCGGACUUGGCUCAGCAGUUCGGCUUCAUGGACAACGGAACACACUUAAGUUUUUCAGUACCAUCUUAUGCCCCCAUUGUUGUGAAAGAGGCUGUGGGGUCCUCUAUCAGAAGCAGACUCGAUGUGGCACUGAAGUAUCCUGAGGCCAACAAAAAUAUUAAAGACUUUUCUGUGGCUUGCAAUUUCUUCUCAACACUGACUGAGUGUUUUCCUAAUGGAACCAUGACAGCUGUGGCACUGAAACUGGAGUCAGUUCCCAGCCUGAACCCCAGGCAUCUCACCCUCAGAGACCCCAGCUGUGGUCCCUCCUAUAGCAAUGACCACUAUGCUUAUUUUGUCUUCGCUGGAAACUCCUGUGGGACAACCAGAAAGUUUUUGCCAAACAUGAUGUUGUAUGAAAAUGAAAUCUCUGUGCCAGAGGAACAUUUAAUGAAGACCAACUUAAAUAAGGACUCACUGGAGUAUCAGUAA